AGCUAGUUCCUGGGUGUGUGUCUGUGUCUGGAAGCGACGCGCGGUCGGGACUAGCUCUGGGGAUUCCCAUCUCAGCCGGCACCACUAUCACUGUCACCAUCACACGGAGCCACUUUUAGUGGGGAGUGGACCCGGCCCAUCGCCGGGCAGAGAAGAUGUUGCCCCUGUCCAUCAAGGACGAUGAAUACAAACCACCGAAGUUCAAUCUGCUCGGCAAGAUCUCGGGCUGGUUUAGGUCUAUCUUGUCGGACAAGACGUCCCGGAACCUGUUUUUCUUCCUGUGCCUGAAUCUAUCUUUCGCUUUUGUGGAACUGCUCUACGGCAUCUGGAGCAACUGCUUAGGCUUGAUUUCCGACUCUUUUCACAUGUUUUUCGAUAGCACUGCCAUUUUGGCUGGAUUGGCAGCUUCUGUUAUUUCCAAAUGGAGAGAUAAUGAUGCUUUCUCUUAUGGGUAUGUUAGAGCGGAAGUUCUGGCUGGCUUUGUCAAUGGCCUAUUUUUGAUCUUCACUGCUUUUUUUAUUUUCUCAGAAGGAGUUGAGAGAGCAUUAGCCCCUCCAGAUGUACACCAUGAGAGACUGCUACUUGUUUCAAUUCUUGGGUUUGUGGUAAACCUAAUAGGAAUAUUUGUUUUCAAGCAUGGCGGUCAUGGACAUUCUCAUGGCUCUGGUCAUGGGCAUAGUCACGCAGUCUUUAAUGGUCCUCUGGAUCAGGCACAUGGCCAUGGAGAUCAUUGCCAUAGUCAUGAAUUGAAACAUGGUGCUGCACAUAGCCAUGAUCUUGUGCAUGGAUAUGGACACUUUCAUUCUCAUGAUGGUCCCUCCUUAAAAGAAACAUCAGGACCCAGCAGACAGAUUUUACAAGGUGUUUUUCUACACAUUCUAGCAGAUACACUUGGGAGUAUUGGUGUAAUUGCAUCUGCCAUCCUGAUGCAAAAUUUUGGUCUGAUGAUAGCAGAUCCCAUCUGUUCAAUUCUUAUAGCCAUGCUUAUAGUUAUAAGUGUCAUUCCUCUUCUAAGAGAAUCUGUUGGAAUAUUGAUGCAGAGAACUCCUCCCCUGUUGGAAAAUACUCUGCCUCAGUGUUAUCAGAGGGUGCAGCAGUUGCAAGGUGUUUACAGUUUACAAGAGCAGCAUUUCUGGACUUUAUGUUCUGACGUUUAUGUUGGGACCUUGAAAUUAGUGGUAGCCCCUGAUGCUGAUGCAAGGUGGAUUUUAAGCCAAACGCAUAAUAUUUUUACUCAGGCUGGGGUGAGACAGCUUUAUGUACAGAUUGACUUUGCGGCCAUGUAGGAAUGAAAAUAAAUUAUGUUUUGGACCAUCCUUUUCUGGUACUGUACAACCCAGAACAUGGUACCCAGCUUUUUAAAAGAGAAUCAUCACUACCACCCUCUAGCACCUAGUAGACCAGGUAGAGUCA